AGUCAUAAAAGGGGGAAGGAAGAGGACUGAAAGCUCACAGAGGGGCAAGAAAAGCUCGGAAAAACCCGCCUUUCUUGACUCUCUCUCUCUCUCUCUCUCUAAGCAAAACAAAAAGGAAAAGCUGAAAUAAAAAUUCUGUAAUUUUUAUAUAAGUUCUGAGAAAAUGGGGAUCGCCUCUCAAGAUGCAGUCAGGCAGUUCAAAGCUUUGAUGGAUCAUGUCGAUGAGGCAUCGAAGAAGACAUUUGAGAAUAUUCAUCAAGGAUAUCAUUGUGAAGCUUUGGUACGGUUCCUCAAGGCGAGAGAGUGGAAUGUCCCCAAAGCACACAAAAUGUUGGUGGAUUGUUUAAAUUGGAGGAUACAAAAUGAGAUCGACAUAAUAUUGUCGAAACCUAUAAUUCCGACUGAUCUAUACAGAGCAGUACGUGAUUCACAGCUCAUAGGAUUGUCUGGAUACUCGAAAGAGGGCCUUCCUGUCUUUGCUGUUGGUGUUGGACUUAGCACAUUUGACAAAGCAUCUGUCCACUAUUAUGUGCAGUCACACAUCCAAAUUAACGAGUACCGAGAUCGUGUAGUUUUGCCUUCUGCAACAAAGAAGCAAGGGCGGCAUAUUGGCACAUGCCUGAAGGUUUUGGAUAUGACUGGCCUUAAGCUUUCAGCAUUGAGCCAAAUAAAGCUAUUGACCAUUAUAUCUACUAUCGAUGACUUGAAUUAUCCAGAGAAGACGGAAACAUAUUAUAUAGUUAAUGCUCCAUAUAUAUUUUCAGCAUGUUGGAAGGUUGUGAAGCCCCUUUUGCAAGAGAGGACGAGGAGGAAAGUGCAGGUGCUGCAAGGUUGCGGGAGAGACGAGUUGUUGAAGGUCAUGGACUAUGCAUCCCUCCCUCAUUUCUGUAGAAGAGAAGGCUCCGGUUCUUCCAGGCAUUCAACUGCUGGGCCCGAUGACUGCUUCUCGCUGGACCACACCUUCCACCAACAGCUCUACAACUACAUCAAGCAGCAAUCUCAGUGCCAGGGACCUGCUGCGCCCAUCAAGCAAGGCUCCUUCCAUGUCGAUUUCCCAGAUCCAGAGCCCGAAAAAACGAAGAUCGCCCAAACCAUUGAAUCUGAGAUGCACAAGCUCAGCGACCGGAAUGGGCUUGUGCAUUCGCUAGAUAGCAUGAAAAUCAACAUUGAAUGAAUCCAGACAGCCCCAGGGAGAGCACGUGGAAGCACUAUGAUAACAGCCCAAAGAAACUGGGAGGACCGAUCAGCAUCAUGACCGCUGUCACGUGUCCGACCACCAAAAGUAUGUAUGAGAUGUAAUAGUAAUCGCCCUUAAUAUCUCAAUGCAGGUUUUCUAGGAAGUCUUCCAAGGAGAAUGGAUAGGACAGUAAGCCAUGAUAACUAAACCCAAGAAACUUCGAGGGCAAACAAAUCAACAUAGUGACAGGCGUCACUCUUCCAUCCACCAAAUGUAUGAGAUGUAAUAGUGACGGCCCGCAAUCACUUGAUGCGGGUUUUGUAGGAAAAGUGAAUGUGAUCUAAAUAACUGAGUCUACAACCACCAGAAGUGGAGAAUAUUGAAAGAGCAUGGAGGGAAUGUUAUUCUCAAUUUGGCAGUAGAGAAAAGAUGGAGAAUGUAAGUUAAAAGCAGUAUGUUGGUAUUAUUGAUUUGUAGAACUCCAGUAUCAAACCUUUGAUGAUCUUCUAUUCAUAGUUCCAAAACCUGGAAGCUCCACUCGACUCAAUGUCCAGCUGGGACGGGUCGAUUCGAUA